AUGGCGGGAAGUUCUAAUUAUAGUCAUUUUCGGGAGUGGAUGUAUAAGAGGCUUGAUGAAGUGACGGGAAAUUUCACGGAAGAGUUCAGCACCGGGGUAGAGGAGUUCAUGGCUUUUGCAAAUAGUCAGCGUUUAGCACAAAAUAAUGGUGGUAAGUUUCACUGCCCUUGUGAUAAGUGCAAAAACGGUAGGCGUCUUCCAGGGGGAACGAGUUAUGUAGAUCCGACGUUUGUAAGUGGGAAUGAAGAAGUGGGUAAUGUGGUAGGAGAUAGAUAUGUGGAUAUGGUGAAUGAUGCAUUUCGUUAUAACAUAAGUUUAGAAGAUAAUUAUCAUCAAGAUAAUUAUCAUCAAGAUGGUAGUUAUCAGAAUGUCGAGGAACCGGUACUUAACCAUUCCAAGAAAUUCUACGACUUAUUGAAGAGAAUGUAUCAAAGCCACAAGACUGCAGCAGCAAUGAGAUGGCAUGCCGAGCACCAAACAAAGGAGGGAGAAAUGAAUCAUCCUUCUGAUGCAGCGGAGUGGAGGUAUUUUCAAGAACAACAUCCCCGUUUUGCCGAAGAACCCCGUAACGUGUAUCUUGGAUUAUGUACCGAUGGGUUCAAUCCAUUUGGGAUGUCUCGAAAUCAUUUUCUAUGGCCUGUGAUCUUGACGCCAUAUAAUCUACCCCCUGGUAUGUGCAUGAAUACCGAGUAUUUGUUUCUUACAAUCUUGAAUUCUGGGCCAAAUCAUCCGCGAGCUAGUCUUGAUAUAUUUCUCCAACCUCUUAUUGAGGAGUUAAAAGAGUUGUGGUCUACUGGAGUUGAUGCGUACGAUGUGUCCUUGAGUCAAAAUUUUAAUCUAAAAGCAGCGCUGAUGUGGACGAUCAGCGAUUUCCCGGCAUAUGGCAUGUUAUCUGGAUGGACAACACAUGGUAAGUUGUCUUGUCCAGUUUGCAUGGACGAUACAAAGUCUUUUUAUCUACCUAAUGGAAGGAAGACAUGUUGGUUUGAUUGUCACCGGAGAUUUCUUCCCCAUGGUCAUCCUCUUAGGCGGAAUAAAAAAGACUUCUUAAAAGGUAAAGACGCUAUGAGAGAGUAUCCACCUGAGUCUUUGACCGGUGAGCAAAUUUACUCUGAGCGAUUGAGUGGUGUGAAUCCACCAAAAACGAAGGACGUCGGUGGAAAUGGUCAUGAAAAGAAGAUGCCGGGAUAUGGGAAGCAACACAACUGGCACAAAGAAAGCAUAUUGUGGCAGCUGCCAUACUGGAGGGACCUCAAUCUACGACAUAAUAUUGACGUGAUGCAUACAGAGAAGAAUUUUUUGGACAACAUCAUGUAUACUCUUAUGCGUGUGAAGGGUAAAUCAAAAGAUACCAUCAUGUCAAGAUUGGAUUUAGUGAAGUUCUGUUCUCGGCCACACUUACAUCUUGAUAGUAGGGGUAAAGCACCUUUCCCGGCAUAUGCAUUGACAGACGAAGCCAGAACAAGCUUAUUGGAAUGUGUGAAACACUCAAUUAAAUUCCCAGAUGGUUAUUCGUCAGACUUAGCUAGUUGUGUUGAUAUGGAAAAUGGAAAGUUUUCAGGCAUGAAGAGCCAUGAUUGCCAUGUUUUUAUGGAACGGUUACUUCCAUUUAUUUUUGCAGAACUGCUUCACAAGAAUGUCCACCUUGCUUUAUCAGGGGUUGGAGCAUUUUUUCGGGACUUAUGUUCUAGGACUUUGCAUACAAGUCGCCUUCAAAUUCUAAAACAGAAUAUAGUUCUCAUCCUAUGCAACUUGGAAAAGAUCUUUCCACCAUCCUUUUUUGAUGUGAUGGAGCACCUGCCUAUACAUCUCCCUUACGAAGCUGAAUUAGGAGGUCCUGUCCAAUAUAGGUGGAUGUAUCCUUUUGAAAGAUUUUUUAAAAAAUUGAAAGGAAAAGCAAAGAACAAAAGGUAUGCAGCAGGAUCAAUUGUUGAAUCAUAUAUCAAUGACGAGAUUGCAUACUUCUCAGAGCACUAUUUUGCCGAGAACAUACAAACAAAAUCAAGGUUAACAAGAUUUGAUGAAGGUGAAAACCCUGUAUAUCAUGUGCCUGGAGUGCCUUCUAUAUUUACUCACGUUGGCCGUCCAAGUGGGGAAAUGCAUGAAACAUGGCUCUCAAGCCGAGACUAUCAAUGCGCCCACGCAUAUGUUUUAAGAAAUUGUGACUAUUUCAAGCCAAUUGAGAGUAUGUUCGAGGAUUUUCUUUCAGCAAAAUAUCCAGGACUUCCCGAGAAGGAACCCAAUAAAUCCAAUAAAUUUGGAAGAGGAAGUAAACCCAAUAAAUCUAGAUUACGGCGUUGA